AGUUGCCCGCUAUCGUUCGACUUUUUUUUUUCCCUUUUCAGGCUCUGCAUUGGAUUUGCCCCAAAUUUGGACCGACCUCGUUGAAACCUCGACAUAAGACACCCAGCAUUACCGUAUCAAACUAAAACGAUUUUCGUGUCCGAUUAAAGUCAUCCCUGGGCACCUGUUGAAGCUUCACGGGCUACUUUAGCUUAGCUCGCUCGCCGCCGACAAAGAGAAGCGGUUGCUCGCGACACGUCGCUCCGUCGACAUCGACUAUGUGUGAGCCUGAAGUUUCGUGAUGAUCGCGCGAACGAAUAUGUACGCAAGUCGGACAGAGUCCGAGGAGGAAUUUUGUGGCCCAAAACACAACGAGAAGCUUCGAGAUGAGUUACGCACCGCAGGCGCCAGUGAAGACCUUGGUCCCGGGCGACAGGAGGCCCCUCCUAUUAAAGAGGAACCCCUUGACAAGAAAGACGAAGAAGAGCUGCCGCAUAUUAAAGAUGAGGAAGAAAAGCUGCCGUGCAUUCCGGGGGAAGAGCAGUGCCAACCCCCUCGCAUCAAAGAGGAAGAUGUGGAGGAGGACAUCAAGUCGCCAUCCACUGGUGUUCCCCUGAAGAGUGAAGGUUCAAGGUCGGCAAGCGGAAGGGCGGAGCCUCUGAGCAGCAGCCGCAACUCACGUCAACACGUGACAACAGAAUGUGAUGGACAAUCACCAGCAGAUAACCUCUUGGCGCCACUCUCGGAUAGUGACGACGUGAUGUCACAAUCUACAUGCACUGAUGAUGAUGAUGGAGGUCAUAUUACAGGCCACACAGACGGCAAAUGCUGGAAAUGUUAUCAGUGCGGGAAGACGUUUGCUUUUAAGAGCAUUUUAAAAUGUCAUAUGACGACGCACACCGGAGAGAAACCUUUUGCCUGCUCCGAUUGCGGUCAACGAUUUGGUGACAAUACAAAGUUAAGGCGGCACAGCAGGACACACACCGGGGAGAAACCUUUUGCCUGCUCAGUUUGCGGACAAAGAUUCUCUCAGCAGGGAGACGUGAAAAGACACACGAGAACACACAAUGGAAAGAAGCCCUUUUCCUGCUCCGUUUGUGGUCAGGGAUUCUCUCAGAAAGUUCACUUACAAGCACACCUGAGAGCACACACCGGUGAGAAACCUUUUGCCUGCUCGGUGUGUGGUCAAAGUUUCUCUGUGAAGGGAACUUUAAUCUAUCACACUCGAACGCACACUGGUGAGAAGCCCUUUCUCUGCUCCGUGUGCGGUCGAAGAUUCCCGAGGAAGGCCAACUUGAACUUACACACAAGAACGCACACUGGUGAGAAACUGUUCUCCUGCUCAGUGUGUGGCCAAAGAUUUUCUCGCAAGGAUUAUGUCAAGCGGCACAAGUGUGCUGGCGAGAAUAGAAACGACCGCUGAUGGUUUCGUUGCUCCUCUGAACAGACUUCAUGUGGCAAUGACAAUUAUGCCUUCCGAAAGUCCUCCCAUUGCAAAUGGGAAUCUGCUCUCACUACUCUUACCUGGACAAAUAACAGCUUGAAAAUCCAAACAAUCAAUGAAAUUGCUGAAUAACUUUGAGAAUGAGUCAGGAAGCUACACGAGCAGCUGACUCAAAGAAGGAAUGGUCGUUGUUGGAUACUGCCUGUUGCUUCAUGGCCAAUAAACCUUUUUUUCCACCA